AUGACAUCAGAGACUGUGAAUGAAGCCUCCAGAUACCAGGACAUCAUCUCCAAAUGUACUGUGAACUCUUCAGGAUCUCCUGCUGUCUACCAGCUGAGACCAAAGGAAGAGAAGUUUGGGACUCUGACAAGAAAAACUGUUGGAGAGAAAAACCUGAAGAAGACAAACAGAACCAUCUUAUUUGUAGGUGAAACAGGAACAGGAAAAUCUACUCUGAUCAACGCUCUGGUCAACUACACCAUGGGAGUGAAGUUUGAGGAUGACAUCUGGUUUGAGAUCGUAGAAGAAGAAGAGAAGAAAAGUCAGUCAGAGAGUCAGACAUCAGAUGUGAUCACGUACGAGAUCUUUGGUUAUGAAGAUGAAACUCUGCCCUACUCUCUGACCAUCAUCGAUACUCCUGGAUUUGGAAGCACAGAAGGAAUUGAAAAAGAUGCCAUCGUUAGUCAAAGAUUAUUUGACUUGUUCCGCUCAGUCGAUGGAGUUCAUGAACUUUCUGCAGUGGGUCUGGUGCUGAAGGCGAGUGAGAAUCGAGUGAGUGAUCGACAGAGAUACAUCUUAGAUUCAGUGAUGUCUCUGUUUGGGAAAAACAUGGAGGAGAACAUCGUACCUCUCAUCACACACUCAGAUGGAUCAACUCCUAAAAAUGUUCUGAAAGCUCUUGAAGCUACAAACAUUAAAUGUGCCAAAGAUGAGAAGAAUCAGCCUGUUUACUUCCUGUUCAAUAACCAACAGAGGGAAGAGAGAACAGAAAAAGAUGAACUUCCUUUAGGGAAUGCAUGGAUGAUAACAGAGGCAGGAAUGAAAGAAUUCAAAGACUUCCUGAAAGAAUCUAAACCUCAGAAGCUGGUAACAACAGUUGAAGUGAUGAGGACACGGGUCAGACUGACAGCCUGCAUCCAAAACCUGCAAGAAAGAAUCCAGCUGAUUGAACUGAAACAAAGAGAGAUCCAACAGACUGAAGAGGCUCUGAAGGAACAUGAAGAAGAGAUGAAUAAGAAUGAAAAGUUCACUGUAGAAGUUGAAAAGCCCUACAAAGAGAAAGAGGAUAUCAGUGGUGGGAUGUGGUGGUUGGUGUUUUUUGAGGCAGCUGUCACCUGUAACAUCUGUGAAGAGAACUGUCACUAUCCUGGAUGCACAGUGGCCCCCAGUCCUUCAUGGUGUGAGGUCAUGAAAGAUGGUUACUGCACUUCAUGUACAGGGAAGUGUGCUGCAUCAAAUCAUGUGAAAGAGAAGAGGAGAUAUGUGAACAAGACCAGGAAAGUGAAGGAGACCCAACAAGAUAUGAAAAGAAAGUAUGAAGAGAAUCAGUCAGAAAGUGAGAAGAAGAAGAGCCUGAUGGAACAUCUUCAAACUGAGAUGGAAAAACUGACAGCAGACAAGAAAAAGUGGCUGGAUGAGUCCUACCAACAUGUUGUUAAACUGCAGCAGAUCGCCCUGAAUGUUAAUUCACUGUCCACUUAUGUCCACUUGGACUUCCUGAUUGAGAAGAUGAAGGAGACAGGAGACACAGAGAAGGUGGAGAAGACAGACAAAGGAAGGGUCCAGAAACUGAAAGAGAUGGAAGCCUCACAGCGGCUCGGAAAGCUCAGAGAAACACUCACAUCUACGGGGAGAGAGACCCGGAGGACGGGUUCUGGAGGCGAUGAGGACGGCCGGGACGCAGAGAGGGCAGCGCCGGCACCGGAGCACACAUAUGGACUUAAACCCGGAGCUGUAACCGCGGAGGUUUGUUCUCAUUGUGUGCUGAGUGGCGCAGGAGAAAAGGAUGCCUCCGCGGCCACACACAGCCCUCCUGUUACGAUCCAAACGCCAGAUUAUUCCCCGACAGAAAGUGUCUUCUCUGCCCGAUCUGACGGACGCUUUGCUGCCGCUGAUUCCUGA